ACAUAUUCAAACAGCCUCUCUCUGCCCCUCUGCAAUAAAGGCAGAUAGCGGACCAUGGGGAGCAGGGAAAAACUUUUUAUACUGACAUGUUAGCGCGAUGACUUUUGAGUAACAUCAGACUGGGACGAGGCUCCCGGCUCGAGGAGGACAGGGCCCUGUACGGCAAGAGAAAAGGAGCACUUGCCAUCUGCCGGGGUACAGGAACGGAAAAAGCAAGACGGCGAAAGAGUUGAGACCAAUCCAAGAAUCAGCGGUGGAAAAUCCAGUUUAGCCAUUUGAAUUGAAAGAUGAGCUUGCUGUCUGCCAUAGACACGAGUGCCUCCGUGUACCAGCCUGCGCAACUUCUCAACUGGGUCUAUCUCUCCUUACAAGACCCCCAUCAGACCAGCGCUUUUGACGCGUUCAGACCCGAGCCCAACUCUUCCCACCCGGAUCUCAAUUUCAGCAAGACUCCCGCAGCGGCAGACCUGAGCUCUUCCCUGAACUCCAACUAUCUCAACAACUUCUUUCAGCUGCAGCGGAAUGAGGUGAAAGAUGGCAUGCAUUUGGCAAAAAAAGAUUUCAAGUGGGAUCAACUUUGUGGGCUUGUGGUUGAGUUUGCUACAAUAAGAAAGCAGCUUGAUUGAUAUGUUGACUGUUGCACGACUGUGCAGCAAAUGGUUUAACAUGUACAGCAUGGGCUAUUCUGGUAAGAUAAACAGAACCACCAUGCUAUUUCCAAUACAACUUUUAAUGGUCUUACUGAAACAAAGCGCCAGACUUCUGUGGUAAAAUAGUCCUUUUAAACUCUGGGUUAUGCCAUCACAUUUCAUGGAACAAGUAGUCAGAAUCAGAAAUAGUUUAAUAAUCCCCAGGGGGAAAUUGCUUUCGUUACAGUACUAAGUAGAAAGAGUAAAAACAGUAAAAGAGGAGAUAAAUAAUAGAUGUAAUAAAAGAUAAAAUAGAUAAAAUAACUAAAAAUAUAGAGCUAAUAUACAAGUAUUUACACUAUAAACAACACAAAUAGUGACAUCGUGUGCGUAGUCUAUUAUCAUUUGGCCUAUAUGAUAUGGUAAAUGUCAUGAAGGAUAUGGGCUUGUGUAAAUACCUUUAAACUCUUGUAAUUCCAUAUAAAAAAUACAGGAAUAUCAUUGUUUCACAGCAUGUAUUUAGAAAACUACCAGUUAUAAAUGUCACAAUUUAAAUGACAAAGUGCCUUAGUUACACAUAAAGUGGAGGAAUGUUAUAAGAAAGUUUGCAGUGCAAUUUAAACUUGGACUGGUUAAAAAGGCAGGAUCUUUUAUGUAACUUUAAAGCUACAUUUUACAGCAAGGGCUCCAAAAAUGAACUUCAUACAGGUCAUCAAAAUAACAGUAGUUAAUUUUAUUCUUGUUUUCCUUUUGCUUAAGAAGGUUUGAGCCAUUGACUUACAGAUUGAGAGGAAGAACUUGCAGAAUUGCAGAAGCACAGUUCAUUAACACCAAGUAAAGAUGAACUACUCUUAAAAAAAAUAUAGUAAGAUAGGGAGAUAAAUCAUCUCCACAUAAGAGCCCUGGACUUCAGUGAUUUUUUUCAAAGAUUUAGACAACAUCCAAAGUUACCAAGUCUGCCCUUUAAUCAGAAAUAUGGCUGUUUGUUGUGAUUAUAUCAGGGCAUAGUGAUUGGAUUUCUUUAAAUUAAAGCUGAAACUGUCUAUUUUGUACUCAGAGAAGUAAAGAGAUCCCCUGCACGCCUCUGUCUGGAGACAGGGGGCCACUGCAGCCUCCUGCUGAGCUCCACCGUCCUCAAAUAGAGCUGGUUGUGCAAACAAAAUCAAUCCUUGUUUACAUAUUGUCUAUUCCUGUAGCUCUGUGUAAUUUUAGGGACAAACAUGCUGAUAAUGUAUGCCAGGCUGCAAACCUGAUCCUGCAGACCAUGCAGUGCAAAAAGGACCCCACCGCCGCCACCACCACCUCCUCCACACCCAACAACCUAACCCACAAAUACACAUACAUACUAGUCCAGCACACACAGACCAAAUAAUGACAUACUGCAGGCAAAGUGGCGGCGUAAAGAAAGCACAGCGAGUGUCCUAGUGUGUUGAUUGCAGUGCAGAUGAGUGUCUUAGAUCUAUAUUACAAUGACGUGAUGUGUAUGAAACUCAAGUGGAGGGACGGACUACACUCUCCACCUUGAGUCAGUGUCCGUUGUUAUGCUGGUAACCAUAGAGGCCUUUUGAAGUAAUUUAACAUGAAACAGUCCACUGAAAAAUGGGGUGUGCACAUUAUACAUUACACGCAAUUGUGUAAUGCCAUUCAAUCCGCAUGAGUAUAAAGUGUUUCAAACUGAGAGAACAUAAGCAGUCUGGAAAUGGUUUAAGGGGUGGGGUGGGGGUUUGGGGGGCAUUUUGCAACUUACUCUACAGACUAAGCCAAGUAAAAUAAACCACUGCAGAGAUUUGAUGAUGAGAUGAGUAAUGCAAAAUGUGGUUGUUUUUGCACUGAAGGAUCACACAACAGACUAAUUGAUGUUGAAUCGUAAUAGAUACUCGAAUUUGUUGUUUAUUGUGACGCAAGUCAAGAAUGCUCGCCGCAAUUUAACAUGCUGACAGGCUUUUUUUGGAUGUUUGUUACUUUUUCUCCCUCAUUAUUGACUGCCAGGCUGAGAGGAAAAACAGUGUAAUGUAAAUUUGGAGCAUUAAUUACCCGCGCUGACUCAUCUAACCCACUCUAAUUUAUAAUGGAAUUAUUCUACAUCAAAUCAGUCACCUUAAAGCAUCUCACCAGAAACCACAGCUCUGAUUUAAACACACUUGUGCAUGACUUUACUGUGAAACUUCAUCCCUGAACACCACAUCUUUGGUAACUGAUAUUCUACGAUUGUCCAACCUCAACACAGACACUCAGUGAUUGAUAAUGGAAGUUUUGUCCUCAUUGUUUAAGCCAAUACAUACACAUCAAUCGGCACACACAUAUACACAAUCUCUCCUCCUCACUCGUUCACUCUCUUCUCUACUCUCACAGUCACACAAAAUAAACAAACAGUCUCGCCCGCCAUUAGCAGAUGUGUGUGAAAUCACUUUCUUUUGGCCUGACUGAUCUGUGAGGGACAAUAACUGAGCGAAGUCUUUAGCUUUGCACCCAGACUUAUAUUAAGCAUCAAACAAACAUGUUCAUUUCCAUCAGGAGUGACAGUACACAGAGCUAAAAACACACUGCAGAUGGAAAACUUGAGAAACUACAGAGCCGGGACGCUUGAUUUACGACGACUACAUGUAAUAAAUGAACAUGAGUCUUAAAGCUGGAGCUGGUUAGCAAGACAAUCUCACAGGCUGCAGAUAAAGAUUUGGCUUCCAGCCUCAGUCAGGUUGCCAAGUCUUGAGUUUCUGUGCUGUGCAACAUUAAACAUUGACUAUAACAUUAUUUCCCAGACACAAACAUGGCUCCCAAAAUGAAAUGAGGGAUGAGAAAAGGUUGAUCAGGGGAUUUCAUCAUACCCACACACACUGAGCAGAACAACUCUUAAAUGUCAAGACAGAAGGCUACAUUACACUGUUGGCAUCUUGACCACAUGGCUUUUGUAUAACCUGACAAUCUGCCCUAAAACCAGCAUAAUUUAACCCAGAGUUCAAUUCCUUUCUGCUGUUUCCGGACUGAAUAUUGAGCGGAGAAAGACAUGAAUGAGAGAGGAAAUAAGUGACUGCAGGCAAUGCUUUCCUGGUUAUUAAUAUUCAGAUGGCAUCUUCCAUGGAUCCACUGGGUCCUGUGGCAUGCACCGCAGCGUUCUGUGGCUCUGAGCAUGCUGCAAACACUGACCAUGGUUAGUUUACCGCCAACAGUGCAUGGUGACACUGCUGAUGUUCCACAGGCUGGCGAUGGGGAACAUGCCUCCCAUCUUGUUUACAAUGAGUCAUCCUCUGUAAAGUCCUGUCUUUUUCUCUGUGGACAUGCUCAGUACUUUUCCAGCUCAUGAGCACAGCUGGGCCUCUCGCCAGAUGUUCUGAAUUUAAUGAGAGAAAUGAUCUCGGAUUUUUUUUUUUUUUGUGCAACAAAAAAAUAGGACAGAGAGCACUGAGCGGAAAUAGGUUAUUUAUCUCAACAUUUUAACACUCCAAGCUGGGAAUGCAACAUUUUAUGUGAUACUGUCGUGCAUUUCGUAAUGCUGAGCAGCGUGUUCUUUAUCAAGAUGUCCCUGUUGUGAAUUGUAAAUAUAUUAAGUGUGAAGCCGCCCCAAGACUGCUGUUAAUGUUUUGUACAAGACAUUUGACUUAACACACUUUGAAUAAAGAAUCUGAAGAAUUUAAAACCGUGUUUGAUAUUUCUCCCAUUUCCUAGGCCUUAAACAACAAUGUGUAUAAGAAUGUGUCGCCCUAUGGCUCCCUGAACAACAUCGUGGAUGGACUCAACUCCCUGACGGACCACUUCUCAGACCUUUCCCUUUCCUCAGAGCCCAGAAAACCCAACAAAAGACCCCCACCCAACUACCUGUGCCACCUGUGCUUCAACAAGGGCCAUUACAUCAAAGACUGCCCUCAGGUGAGACACAUUCAACACGCAUGUUACAUAACUGUGUUGUUUCACAAAGCAUCAUGAAACCACAACUGAUUACUGUACAUACAUUACAAGUUUUGCCUUGCAGUAGUCAAAUCUCUUCAGACUCUUCUGGUGACUUUUUAUUUGGUAGAUUUAAUCCAAUCAUGGCAGCAAACACCGUGCAUGCUCCAGCCAAUGCAUGUCACUCUGUCUUACUCUCUCUCUCUCCCUCUCUCUCUCUCUGCUCUGACCUACUUGUUAAACAGGCUGGCCUCUGUCUUCUGCAGUCAUGUGUGUGAGUGUGUGUAUACAUGCGCUUGUGCGCAUCUUAACUACCAAAUCAUUACAGUACAAGAAGCCAUCCGUUAAAACUACUAUAAAUAAACCUUGGUGGGUAAAGUCAAGGGUCAAAGGUGAAUGUGCAUGGGAGUCAUCAUUUUAGCUUUAUUAGCACUUCAGCGUGAUUUAAAGAAUCUAAAGCAAAGCGUCCUCUUUGAUGCAGCUGAGAGGGGUUGAAUAAUCAGAAAAGUCACAGUCACAUUCCUCCGCUUUCCUGUUUCUCAAUGAUUUAGUUUGUUGGGAUGCAGGUCCUUUGUGAGGCACCAUAAAAAAUCCAUCUUGAGGUCUACCAUGGAGGUUAGGAGCUCUAAUGUGCGACUAAUGUGGUCUCAGCUGCUGUCAUCUCCAAAAUAUAAAUCUAUCAGGGUAAGGAAAAGGAGAAUUAUGGGUUUUAAAUGAUUUCUGACACUUUACAUAAUGAAGUGUGGGCAGAAGCAGCUUUUUUUAGAAGAAGGACCUGAUUCAUGGUCUGACUUGCUGUGAGAUGUUGAUGCAGGUGUGCAAUUACCAAAUGUCGUCAUGUAAAUUAAGUCAAACUAGUCAUAAUUGAAGUAAAAAGUGAAGUUUGUGGAGUUGAGGAGUUAGAGAAGGAAUGAAGGAUGAAAUUGCUGUGGUGGAUCUGUCACUGGGGUGUUAUGUAGCUCCUUGUAAAACAAACUUCAUUGCUGGGACUGCGGCCUGGAAGUGAUCUGAUUUCAUGAGAAGAACACAAUGGUACCCUCCCUUAGAAAUAUGGAAUAUUUUGGAGUUGGGGUUUUUUCAGACUUGUGGUGGCUAAUAUUCUCCCCUCUCUCUUUCUGACUCAUUUUUUUUUAGCCUCUCCCUUUAUAUUAUUCUCUCUCCUCCCCUGGGUGAGGUGCAACAGCCUAACCCCAGCCCGAGUUUUCUCUUGCAUGGAAUGGUAAUGAGGAGCAGAUGUGAGAUUAAAAUGCUUUGACUCGCUUUAUGACAUAUGAUGACUGGUCCCUGGAGGUCUGUAAAAGACCUGUGUACUGAUGAAAUAUCUCCUGGACGGCUCUCGACUGCAACGUGUGGGAAUUAGAUCAUCUAUUGACAGCUCUGAAGGGAAUAUGGGGCCUUAGCAUAUCAUGCAAAGCAACCUUUGUCUUCAUUUUUCCUUAGGUAUAGCUGUAGUUGUUGAUUUGACCAUUGAUCAUAUGACACUGAUACUCCACGCUGAGGCAGAUUAACAUUAACUAAUACGUUAUGUAGCAUAUUUAUCUUCCAAAUCUGUAAAAAAUUCAAAUGAGUUAUUUUAAGCGUGGCCAAAAAAGUUUCAAUACAGCUUUAUUUAAGCAAACACCAUAGACAGUAGACAAUGCAGACACAAUCUUAGUUGUAGGCUUUCAAGAGUGGACCUCAAUCUCACACUCAGCCGUCUUCUGGUUUAUAUUUCAGCUGUUCGUUAAACUGCCAACAGUAACUCAAAAAGCAGCAGCGUCUCCAAGCAGCCUCCCAGCCUACACACUUCAACACCACCACAGUUAUUUAGGUCUCUCCUGGGCUUCUUUUCUCCAUAAAUUUACCUACCAUUUGAGCUACAUCACUUCUACACGAUUGCUCGGUCACCUGUCAUUGCCUGCCAGGCCAAAGAUAGUUCUGCCUAAACUUAACCAGCUGGAGACCAAAAUAACAGAUGUGACAUAGGAGUGUUUGACUUUCCUAAUAGCCAAAACUUUCCUGAACAGUAUUUUCAUAUCUCUCACUUGGUUGCAGAAAGGGGUAGUGAUGCAUUGUGCGCCUGUAGUGUUUCUGGUGUCUGCCUGCUCUGGAAUGCAUUGUAGGAUGAAUGUGUCCCGACUAACAGUUUGUCCUCUCUAGAGGUACUUUGCCAAAGAAAACAGAGGCUAUUGCUUCACAGAGAGCUUAAAAGUGUGUCAUCCUGAUCCUACAUGGAGAAUUACACUCUGAUAACAUGUACAGCCUCCCUCUGUGUUUCAUCUCGGCGUGUUUAGUCGUAGGCUGUGACUUGAAUCUUUGAAGCAAGGUCAGGGCAGCUUAGAUAAUCCUAUGAGUGGAUGUGGAAAGCAAAAUGCUGUGUAUAGCUUUUUGUGGCAACUGUUAAUGAAAAGUGGCACCAGGUGGCAAAGAGGCUGAAUACAGAAAGGCAUCACAUGAUCAACAAAAUCUAUCAGAGCUGUAGUCCCCAUUGUGCGUUAUAGAAAUACUUGAUGAAAGGGAUGAGUGUCCAGUGAGGAAGCCCACCAUAUCCCCUCAUAUAUGUUCCACUGAUAAGUUACAUAGCUCCACACAGCCUCUGAUGCCCCUCACAACCCAAACAUGAAGUUAGACAGGGAACAUAACCAGUACAUCACUGUGGUUAUCAAGUGGGGAAGUUCAAUCCAGAACCUCCCCCUCUAUGCAGGGGUGUGCCUAGCAGCAUGGCCAGAGGUGGCACUUGCCCCCCCUUAAAGGGAUACUCCGGCGUAAAAUCAGUUUAGGGUCAAACACACCGUAAGACCGAGUUAGACACCCCCUCGAGAGAUUAAUGUUGCCGACCGCUUGCUUCUCUAGUUAUACCAACUUUAGUAACAACCGCACAAUAGCAAUACACAGCGGUCUUAGGAGCCAUAAACAAACCUCAACCAAAACGCCACUCUAUAAAUAAUGCUCAGAAUAGCACCUAAUUUAAUCAACAGUACAUAUAGGGUCCUAGCCAUAGCACUGGCCACCAAACAUCUUUUUAACUUUGCCUGAUUUCUUUAGCAAAGAGACUAAACACAACUCACCUACUCUCUUCCAGCAGCUGCAUGUUUGUAGAGACCUCGGGCCAGUCCAUUAUGGACUGCAGCGGGGUGACACAGCUCAAGGAAGAACAUUUACGAUCAUAAUGAUCAUAAAUGUUCUUCCUUGAGCUGCUGGGUGCUGUUCUGAGCAUUAUUUGUGGCUAUAGAGUGGCGUUUUGGUUGAGGUUGUUUUACGGCUUCUCAGACAGCUGUUUAUCACUAUCCUGCGGUUGUUACUAAAGUUGGUAUAACUAAAAAAGCAAGCAGUCAGCAACAUUCAUCUCUUGAGGGUGUGUCUAACUCUGUGUUACAGCAUGUUUGACCCUAAAUUAAUUUUAUGCCGGAAUAUCCCUUUAAACUAUCCCGGGUGCUACUUCAGAAUCCUUAGCCACGAUUUAUGAUUUGCCUUGUCCUAAAUCACCUUUUUGUUUGGUGCUACAACAGGCUGGCAAUGGAUUCAUUUGAAUAUGUGUUGUGGUUGUUCUUAAAGUUAUAAAGUUUUAGGCGACAACUGCUCUGUACUUUAUUUUAAUAAUAGUUUUUAAAGUAAAUAGUAAAGAUGGAGAGGGUGUGCAAUCAAUUUUUGUGUCUUGGCACUGCUUAUGUCAGUGCUGUAGUUUGGCCAUCCAAACCAAAAAUGUCUUCCUGUCCCUGGCCCUGUCUCCACGCUGGCUCUCGCCCCCAAAUGUGACAUGGGAAAAGAAAGAAGAAAAAUAGAUCAAUGAGUCUGUCGGUGUUAGAAAGAGGACAGGGAAAGCAGAGCUGGAGUGAGAAGCCUGUUUGGGUUGGACCUCAUCCUCGUCGGGUUCGGCUUUGCACUCUUCCUCCUCAUACUAUUCUAAAAAUUUGAAACUAUACAUGUGGGACCUGAGUUUAAGAUUCACUCCAGCACUGGUGCUUCUUCGUCUUUUGCUCUCUUUUACUUCUGUUCACCUGCUUUAAAGGUUAAGACUCGUAAGGCUGUAACAUAUCUGAGGUGGACAAAGAUCUUCUGCAGUUUCUGUUUGUGUUGGUAAUGUGAUAAUGUUGUAAACACAGCAGAAGCUUGUGGUUGUACUAAGAGAACCGUUUUUCAGGGAACUCUGGGUAGUGGAGUGAAAGCCGCAGGGCUGGCAGCUGCUGCCCAGUGCUCCCUGUCAUGGGGACAGAGGUGUUAUGUAAACUGGCUUUUAUUCGGAAAAUGAGGUCGCUCCCCCAGUUAUGAGCAGAAUGCCCCUCACUGCCACUCUCUGGCUCCUGUCCAAGAUGUCUUCCACUUGCACUCAUGAUUUGGUUCUGUUCAGCGCACUAAUCCCUUCAACAGUUGGCGCCACUUCUGAUCAAAAUGAUGCAUUGAACGGCAUCUUCUUGCUAUGUCUCCCUGAAGAUUAACUCAUGGAAAAUGUCUUUGCAGGAAUGCAGGUUUGUGGGUAUGUGGGGGUGGUUGCUGCUGCUGCUGCUGUAGUGUGUGCGCUUGUGUGUGUGUUUUUUACAUGUGUCUCAGAGUUACUCCUGGACUCAAUGCAUUCACCAUUCUUGUGUAGUCCUUCAGCAUCAUAAUUUCCCGGGCAUGUUAUUUUAUUCUUCCAAACAAUUUCAAACACUUUGCAGCUGGUAGAGCACUUAUUCUCUUUUUAUAACUCUACAAAUACAGAAAUAUCCCACGUAACUUCCAUCACCACCCCUGCUUCCAUCCUUUCACCUCCUCUGUUAGAGUUCAAAAAUCAAGGUGUAACUUAAAGCUCCUGUGGGGAAUUAAGAGUUUGUCAAAUUGCUGCCCCCUAUGGACAAAGCAGCAAUCCCUACCUGCUGACUGUUGACAGGCAAAUGUGUCAUUUACUGUGUUAUUUAAUGUGAAAAACGCAGAAACAGGCUGUUUCUUCAGCUGUUGGCCGACACCUACCCCUUCUUACGGGUUUCUGGCAUUAAUAAGUACAACACGAAAACCGUAAAUGUUGUUGCUGAUGGUUGUGUUUGCUUUUGGAUAUCAUACAAAGGCAUAAAUAUGAAUUUCAGUCUGUUUCAUAAAAGUCAAAAAACUCCUCACAGGAUCUUUAACCCCUCUCAAUAAAAACGAUUUACCACUUUGCUGUAUCAGGACACUUAACAAUUAUAAACUGAUUUCAAUCGAUCAAAUCGUGGCUGACAUUAGUGAGUUUUUAGAGCGUUUACAGCUGUGGAGCCAUAAAGCAGAAAAUCAAGUUAAGACCCCAAAACAAACAAGAUAAAAAGUGUUAAGUGAGCCUAACAUAACAAGAGCCAGACUAGCUGUGUCCUCUUUGCUUCCAGUAUUAGAGCUAAGCUUCGCUAACCUGCUGUGUGUUCCCUGCUGGUUAGUAAAUAACACAAUUACUCUCAACUUAAAAAAGGUAAUCAAGUAAUGUUAAAAUGACACUCUAGGGGCCACUGUAGUGAUGAAAACCUCCAGUAUGAGACAUCUUCAGCAUGUCAUGUAUAUGUUUUGUAAAAUGAAUAGCAUGAAUUCAAAUGAAAAAAGUGUGUCCACUUGGCAAACAGUGAGACACGCCAAAUUAAAAACAUAUUAAGCACUCAAACAUGGAUCAUCCGGAUCUUCCCAUCUGUAAAAAGAGCAGGAAGUGCAAAAAGAAAAGAGGCAUCAGAAACACAUGGAGCUCAUUGAUCCCCGCACAGAGCCGUCUUUAUCACACCAGUAUAAUGGGCCUUUUGUUCUAAAACUUAUGGUGUCUGUUAAACUGGUGUGUCUAUAGCAUAUUUUUAUACUUGUUUUUUUCCUUUAAUCCCCCUCUACUUCUAUCUGUGGUCACAUCUGACUUGACGCAGUGUGCUGACAUGGAUUCUAAUAAGUCCUGUGAGAGGUGUAUGUCAGUACUGAAGUAUCUUUGUUUCAUUUUCAGUCAGAGUGAUGGCGUUUUUUCCUCAUUCUUUAGCCCCUCAGUCAGCCAGACUCUUGGUUCAGUCAUACCUAUGUCUCCUGUAUGAUGUAUCUGAUCUGUCUGUGAGCAUAUGCCAAUUACUGUGAUGGACCUCGCACCUCAUGUGGUGGUAGUUUCAGCAGCAGUCUGCGCUCUGUGACAAAUGGUCACCAUAAUAGUGUCAACAUAGGGACCUGUGAAGCGGGGGCUCUUCACAUGUGACGCGAAUCACACUUUAGAGUAACGUGCGACCCACCCAAAUGUGUGUUUUUCUUUUCCUUCAGUCCUGAGGAUAACACCUAAUAACUCGUCAUUACUGCCGCCCGCUUCGCCCAUUAUUACAAACAUGGAUGGUUGUUUUGCUUUUGAGUCUUUCAAAGUGCAGUAAUGUUUUUUUACAGUCAAUUUGGGAUAAUUACGCAACCACUUUGUGCAAUGCUUCCGCUUGUUUCGAAUGAGUGAUUGGAAGAGAGUAGGGAGGAUAAUAUGUCGAUUGCACAAUGCAAGUUUACAAUUUACCACGGGUUUGUUUGAUGUAAACACAGAGCUCCUCUCCUGGAAAACAAGUCCUUCAGUCCUGUGUGGGAACACCCAAUUUCCUGUGUAUUUCUAAUAUUAAGGUCUUCAUUAAAUCAAGCUGAAGUCCUUGGAUGAGCUCAGCCAUCUCAGAUCCUCAAUCCUUAGUCGUUUCUCUUGAGAUUUAAUUAUUUGGAGAAAGAAUGAUCUACUCUUUCUUGAGCUCUUCAGAUUGAUCUUCUGUAAAACGGAAAGUUCCUGUUAGCUAGAUGAAAUAUUUUAUUUUAUUCUGUACCAGUUUAUAGGAAUUUGGGGAAUGGGUUUUUCCCCUUAGGUGAGUAUUUGAAAAUGAAGGGUAGUCAACCACAUUCACAUCUGGAUGCCAAAGCACUUUCAUGGUGUUGGGGUAUUGGCUGUGUAAGUGUCCUGCUUAUAGGUACAUCUAGCUGGUCCUGGGAUUCAAACCAGCACCCCUGCCCUUUACUUUAUUUUAUCUUCUGUAAAAACCAAUUAUUUAAUCAAACAGACCAAGUCCAGUUCUAUUUUAAUGCACAGCUUCUAGCCUCAGCGUCGCCUCGCUUAUAUAAAAUAGCUUGUCUUUAAUAGAUAGUCCAGUGCUUAUUCAAGAGUUUUACAGUUUAUAUCGGCCUAACAUAGCUGCAGACGUUAGUUGUCCCUGGAGACUAAUGUUCCUGGGAGGAGAAAGAACAUAGAUCCUACAUCUGUCCUUUAGCUUUUCCAAUCUCUAUUUAACCGCCUCCUGCUCUUCACUGCGAGAUAUCUGCAGGGAAAUCAUGUAUUUACAUUCUCCUCCGCCUCAGCCAGCUGUUUUCCCUCUUCUUGUCUUUGUUACAAUCUCUCGGUCUUUAUGCAUCCUGCAGUUUGUUAACCCUGUCGAUAAACAAUCUUUCAACACCGCAGUCACACUUCAACAUUUGUCCACAGAGACUGCUUCGCAUUUUACCCUCACUAUCUCUGCACUGCGAGGCUGGGGCUGACACGGCUGUAGUCGGAUGUGUUGUUGCCACUGAGUCAGUCUGACUCAAACACAGCGAGGACACAGUGAAGGUACAGUUCGGAGGGCAGACAAGCAGAGAGACAGCGAGCCGGAGAAAGGGGACUAAGGGCACUUCCUCUGAAAGGAAAUCAAAGUUAAAAGAAUGAUAAAAGCGCGGUUUCCUGCCAGCUGGUUUGUGUUCUGUAUAGAAAUCCCUGUCUUCCUCUCAGAUUUUUGCUGAGACAACAAUCACUCCGCUUCCUGUUUUGGUAACCAUGACACCUCCAACCCCAUCUCUGGGAGACGGGAACUGUUGAAACAUCUAGUCAGGUAAACUUACAGCUGGUUCAACACUGCCAUAUAGUAAGCUCAUCUGUGUAAAAAAACAAUAUAUUUCCCUUUGGUGAAACUUAGCUGACUCUGAAUCCUUCAGUAAUCUCAUUUUGGGUGGAUUUUUCAUUAUUUGGUUUCAUCACCAUCAAACUGAAGACAUGUUGUUUAUCUUAUAGUGACGAUUCUUUUCGUCUGAGGUGGAGAGUUUCUUAUGUAAAUCUUUUUCCCAGCACACUGCUGUGAAACAAAGGCUGGAGUUAAUAACAGCAAAUAAACAAUAAUGUGUUUUGGGCAGUUGCUCGUCACAUUGCUUUAUGUAAGCUUGUCUCAGCAGAGCGGGAGAAAACCAGGUCAAGUCUUGUUUUAGAAUCGAGUCUUCUUUUGCUUCAAUCAUUUACAUUUUUUGUGCUUUUAAGUACCUUAAGUUAAAAAAAAUACCUUUAAAAUGUGACAUUUAAGUAUAUGGGUGAUAGGAUCAUCUUCAAGGAGAAGCGCUGCAGUUACAGUUGUAGCACUUUGCCUUGUUUUCUUAACUCAAUGUCAGUGUUAUGGGGGUCAGCAGACACACACUGAGGCCUCAGGGACAGGAUGGUUCUUCUUUCGCUGAGGGAGGCGGGAGGGAUCACGGGGUCAAAGGUCAGAUUUUCACAAUAGCAUGAUGUCGUGUUAGCUCACCCACACCGAGGAGUGUUGUAACUCGUACUAAAUGCUAAUGUUGUGUCAUGUUACCUUCAUGCUGACGUAUCUUUAAUUAAAUAUGAUCAGACCUACAUUGAUGACACCCUACACAGCAGGGGGUAUAUACUGUUCAUUUAUCAUUAAUCCUUUAUAAAUCGUCCCAAACUUGAGAAUUUGCCACACUUGCUGGUCUCACAUCAUAACUUUUUGACUGUUGUUAAGGUCACGAUAAUACAUUUUGAAGAUUUGAUGGUUUCAACUUGGAAUUGAAGAAAAUGUGUUGGGCUCUGUAAGCUUCUGUCUGAUUUUUCACAGAUUUAUAACUAUUUAAUUAUCCGGUCAGCAGAUUGAUAUUAACAAUAAAUUUCAGGUCAAGGUCCAGCUGUGAAGGUCCCUUUAAGUCUUGUAUUCUUUGAUGUAUUUAACAUUGUUAAAAUUAUAAAUACUAAAAGCCAAUUGGAGCUCAAUUAUAUGAACACGGCAUUAGAUAUUAACAGACUUGGAAGGCACCUGACAUCAAGAGUGUGUUACGAUACGAUAAGAUUCAAUAUGACACGAUAUAAUACCAUACAACACGACACGGUACAAUACGUAAAGAUUCAAUAUGAUACCAUAUAAUACAAUAUGAUACCACAUGAUACACGAUAAGAUUCUAUACGACACGAUACAAUAUGAUAAGAUUCAAUCUGAUACGAUACGAAACGAUACGUUACGACACGAUACAAUACAAGAGAUUCAAUAUGAUACGAUAUGAUAUGAGAUGAUAGGACACAAUACAAUACGAUAAGAUUCAGUAUGAUGCAAUAUAAUAUGAUACGAUACAACAUGAUACAAUGCAGAGAUUCAGUACGAUACGAUACGAUACGAUAAGAUUCAAAAUGAUACAAUAUGAUACGACACGAUACAAUACGAUAAAAUUCAAUAUGAUACAAUACGAUACGGUAUGAAACGAUACAAUAUGAAACGAUACGAUAUGAUUUGACACGAUACAAAAAGAUAAGAUUCAAUAUGAUACGAUACAUCGUGUUAUGGUAUGAUGAAGUAUGUUAUGAUAUGAUAAAGCAUAAUAAAAUGUAAUGCCGUUUGGUGCAGUAGGGUAUGAUACUGUUAUACUUCAAAGAGUAGCUUGGUAUUCUUUGGUAUAAUACUGUACUGUUUGAUACAGUAUAGUACUAAACAGUAUGAAACAGUGCUAAGAUACAAUAGAAUACGAUAUUCUCAUUCUUGACUCAUGUGGACGACAGAGAUUCUUCCGUGAGACAGACUGACGGAGAGGACGGACAGACAGACAGAGACACUGUGAAGCUGCGAGUGCUGGCACACAGGACUGGGUUUGGUGUCAAGAGAUCAGGGACCGACACUGCUGGCUUUGUGUCUUGCUUGAAUGGGCACCUUAGGGAGAGAUUGUGGUUGUGAAUGGGCACCAUUGGGGAAAGCCCAAGUGGUGGGAAUGGAGGCUGGUAAUUAAGGCAGUCAUUGUAUGUCUGUAGGAUCUGUCGGACAGGGAGGUCAGGAAGGCAGGCCCCGUAUUGUUCCCUCAGCAGGGCCCUCACUGCAUCACAGUGGUGCGUCAGACUCAAGUAUGUUUGGACAGAGCCUUGGAUCUUACAGAGAAAAAAAGAAUUACAACAACAAACCACACAGGCAGUCCUAUACAGCCUGCUUGUCUAUAAGUCAACAUAUAGACUAUAGGGGCCUCCUCUGCGGUUUUGAUUUUGUAGCGGUUUUCUCUCCCCUUUUAUUUUGAAGGGACUUAAAAUCCUGAUCCGACAGACUAUCCAGAAUCCAGAGCCCUCUGAGGGAUCAGUUCUGUGUAAGCCAUAGAUUAGGACACAGUUGAGGCUAAUUUGUUAAGUUUUAUUUCUCUGCACUUGUGUAAAUAAACUAAAUAAGAAAGAAACAGUAGCGAAAGCAUUGUGGUGAAAAGGGGAAAAACUGCCCACAGAGGAGUUACUCAUUUCCUCUUUGAACUAACACAGAAGUUCAACAUGUUUGAAAAAUGUUCCGCAGAGUUUUAUUUUUCAACCUCAGGCUGAAUAAAUUCUGUGAAUAUAUUCAAGAACGGGGCAUAAAUGUCCCGCAUAGUCUGAAUGGACCAUCGGCAGAACAGUGUAGCUGCAUUAAUUUGCCUUUGUAAUCAGAGCACACUGUGAAAAAAUCUCACCUUGUGUUUCGUAAACAAACAUGAUACAUACUCACUUACUUUCCACACACACACACGCACGCACACACACACACGCACACACACACAUAUUAUAAAGUAUAUUCAAGUCAUUUUCAUCCCAUGAGGGGACUCCUGGAUAUUUGACUUAAAUCGAGAGUGUCUAGUUGGAUGAUUAUGAAACUGGGAAUUACUGACAUUACAUCUCAAAAUAGGAGAUAAAUCUGUGUUAUGAUACAUGUCUUUAGAGAUAAAUGUAUGCAGUAUAUUUGAACAAUGUUAAUGCCACUAGAGGAGACAACUGCACUUGAGUGGGAGGGGGUACACCUGGAGGGAUUAGAUUUCUUCUGAAUCUGCAGUUAAUAUAAUAUUGCAGGAUAACUCAUAGGGAUAACUUUAACUUUAAUGUAAUGCUAAUAAAUUUGUUAUGUUUGCAAAAUUCUGUGGGAUUUACAGGCCUUUUUGCAGACUGAGCCAUCCAACUCUCUUCCACUGAAUUUAUGAUAUUUCUAAAUACCCCAAAGAAAAAUCAAUGGGACUUUGAUAAUGCCAUUGUUGUCAAUAUGAAGAUUUAUUUGCUCAUUCAAUAUUUCUUACUUCCUGGAAAUAUAUUGUAAAAAAAUUGAGAAAUGAGACUUUUUGAUGAUAGAAAACAACUUGAAACUUGUUCUCUUAUCGGAGUUACUGUAUCUAAAGCUAUAGGCCUGCAGUGUUUGAUACAGAAGUGAUAUCAUUCAUAUAAAUAAGAAGCCACCCUUAACCACCAAGAGUUUAAUAUGACUUAUAUUGACAUAAUUUGAACUUUAGCAUUGUAGGUAUUUCAGCUCAUGAGCUAUAUGGACUAUGUUUGUGGAAGAAAUCACAUACUUUACAGUUUUGUUUACUCACUUCUUUACGGCUACAAUUUGUUCCCUCUAACUCCAGCUUAAUUUUAGGUCUUUUCACAAAACGUAUGCGGGCACUUUGGUAAAUGUUGACUCGAAAAUAGAUUUUGGUGUCUGACCCUUUACUUACUGAAAAAAAAAAAUAACCUGCAUUUCACUUCAGCUCCUUUUUUUUCCUGUUCCUCCUCUCUGACUGUACACACUGCCCUGUAGUAUGUCGGGAAGUUUCUGGCAGGGAUGAGGGUGAGGGGGAGGUGCGCCAUGGGAAUGUUUUCACAGGCUGACCCCCUGAUCUUCCUUCCAGUUGCAGCAAAAAGGCUCUGAAGGCCCCUGCGUCUGUCUCUGCUCUAACACUCACUCAAUCAGGUUAGCAAAGAGCGAGAGAGGAGCCGGGGCUGUAAACAGAUAAGGCUUAUCAUCAGGGAUGCUGGAGACACGCAGUAUGAGACUGCUCCGCUCUUUUAUAGUGUCACAGCAGACUGACGACCACUUUCAAAAACAGAUGUGGCUCCUACCUGUCAACAUAUUUUAUUUUUGUGCAGUUAUACAAAGAAAGGGCCUUUAUAGCAAGAGAAUUUAGCAUCCAUAUAGGGCCAUAGGUCAGAUAUAGCAUCCACACUGAGAUUAGCAACACACGUGCACAGUAUAUCCGGCAGGGAGACCAACAGAAAUAUACGGAGACACUCACAAAUACAUCCGCCCACAGACACACAUACACACAGGCAUCACAUUCAAACAUAGACAGCGGUAGUAUGAUCUUCCUACAGCAGAUGACAAGAUGUUUUGUGCACCUCUGUAUGCCCCAGUCUGACACCCAACCUGCUCUUGUCAUUCAUGAGCCGGGUAACCCAACGCGGCUGUGCAGCUGCACAACUUUUCAGGCUUAGUGGGACCGUGGCUAAGUCCAGGGCUAGAGGAGGGCAGGGGGGGAAUUCACACCCACAGCCUCACUUAGCAUUAGCCCUUAACGCCCUGUAAAUAUGGUAAGUGUAGGACUAUGGUAAACUUAUCCCACGCCUCUGAAAAGCCGGUGAUUUCAUGGAAAGAGCUCAACCAGGUCAGAUUCCAAGGCCCAGUUGGCCUGCGCUCGUGUUUUCUAUGAAUGAAGCAUGAUGAGCAGGAACGGUUUUCUGUCAAAAACAUCAGCUUUUUAAAAAAGAGGUUGUUUUUGGUAUGAAGGAAAAACACCCACACGCUCGACUCCCAGGGGUUUCCAUCAGCCAUCCCAGAACAUGACACUGAGAUCCGUGAACGAUUAAGGAAGCCGGGUUGUGGAAAUCUAGGAAUCUGGGAAUUGGGUUUUGGCACAGGGAGCCCUGGCAUGGUGAUAUCCCUCUGCAGCUGUCUCGGACACGAAUGACGUGGGUCUGUUACCGAGGAGAAAAUCUCUGACAGACACACAUGACCGUGGACACACAUUCACACAGGCUAACAUGGCAUAUCCAUACCACCUGCAUGACUUAUAUACGCUUGUUAAAAUGAGCUCAGGCAAUAAAACUUAACACUGAACUUUAUAUUAAAAUAGUAAACAAAUAUCAUCUCGUAUUUUGGUGGGAAAAUCAUGCAUGAGUACAAUUAAUCAUAACACUAAAAUCAGCUGCUUACAACAACUCAUAACAUAAGACCUCCACCUCCGGUUUAUCAAAACAACCAGAAAUUGCAGGUCACUGAAUUUUCAUUUGUAAGCAAUAACAUCAUUAAAGAUGACUUAGCUGAGAUUAAUUUUAAUCUAAAUAAACAGAUAAGCAUAUUGUAACGUCGACUUUUCCAUUUCUUUUUUAGUAUUUGAGUGCCGCAUUGUUUUUACAGCAAUUUUGAUCCUCCUACUCAGCAAGGAAUCCGACUGAAAAUCUGUUUUUGAAGUCAGAAAUGUAGAAUGGAUGUUUAUGGGUUGAAGGAAAACAGCUUAUCUUGUGCAACUUACCAAAAAAACCUUCUCUAGGGGUAUGUCUGAGGUUUUUAGGGAAGUUUGCGAUCUUGUGUUUACAGUCAUGCUUGGAUUAUUUGUUCUUUGCUUUAUUUUAAGUCUACCAAUUCAACCAGAAAUGAAACGAACAGUUUUAUGAUGCAGUGCACUCUUCAACAGUUUCGCAGUGGGCAUUCAUGACAUGUAAAAGCCCCAAAUACCUGUUUUGAUACUUUUUGGCAGAGCGUCUCCACUUAUCAACCUGACUGACAGCUGUGGGUUGUUUUAUCUUUGAAACAGCUGCCUUGAUUUACCUUUUCCCUGUGUGAUAUCUCAGCAUGUCAAAGAACAGACUAAACAGAAGUGAUACGUCCAGAACAGUUUGAGGACUUUGAUAGAGAAAUUGUCAAAUCUUGGACUGUUGUAGGGUCAAAAAUACACAAUAUGUGUGUGUAUGUGUGAGUGUGUUUGCCGUAGCACAGUAUCAGUCUUAUCCAGAAGAAACACACACGUACAGUACAAAGACACACAGAGCACUUCUGCUGCCAGCAGAGGCCAUUUCCUAGAAUGAACUAUUUUGGCGUCACCAUGGAGCUGGAAAUGGACUUGUGGUUAUUUUUUAAAACAGUUGGAGUGGUUGUCCUCUUGAAAUCUUCCCCUCUGUAUCACAGUGAGAUAACAAACCCAUUUAUAAAGACAUGUAACCUCAGAGGUUGGGUCCAGAAACCCACAAGGGAAAAAUACAUCACUGCUGCUCACUUGAAAUAUUUACCUUGGGGUCAUUUAAAUGCAUUUCUCUGCAUCCGAAAAAGUCUGCGCUGGUGAUUUGUGUUGGGUUUGACAUCCUCUUGGGUUGCCUGUUUGCCAGCUUGAUUAUAUACUAGAAUUGUUAUGGUUUCUUUCCACAUAACACAUUUUUAUCUCUCUGUCCCCGUCCACAAAGUACACUAGAGCAAGGUUAAAUGCAGAAAAAGACUUCAUGACAGCACAAAUGCCUCCUGAGCAUAUUUAGAUCUGGAAACAACUGGGAUGUGCUAGUAAACUGCUUUUUAUAGUGUAAUGAAAUGUCAAGCACAUCUGAAUAGCUUAAGUAAAGAGGUUCCUUAAUAUGAGACCUUUUUAAGAAUAGCACCCUGACCCACAUGGGUGCAGGUUCAGACAACUGGGCGACUGACCUGCGAUGGAAAAUUUAGAAGACAAGUCAUAUUGAGUAAUAAGGUGACAUAUCUUUGUCAGUGAGUCUAUUUUAACAGCGCAUUAAUACAUUCCCAAACUAAAGAUAAACAGUUUACAUGUCAGUGUGUGUUUUUUAAGUGGUAUAUUUAUCUGUGCAAGAGCAUAUUCUGCAGGUGUUCAGAAUAAAAGAUUACCAGUCCAUCCUUGAAAGUAGCGCUGAUAUACAAGCUGUCUGCUUGUCACCACACUUAGAAUAAAUGAGGUGACUGAUACAUUUAAAGAUAAUCAAAUAUAUCUGGGAAUUAAAGGUGCAGUCAGUCUGUGGUUUAUAACAGCAUUUAGCAGAACAGACUUAGUAGAAACAGAAUAAACUCAUUUUAUUUCUCAUUUCUAUACACUCUACCUUAAAUAAGAUUUUUUUUGGUCAGCCUAUGUGGCUAAAGACAACUUGAUAUCGCACAAUCCCGCUGUCCGUAUCCGCCACGAAAUUGGCCUCGCAAACGGAUCCGGUAGGAAUUGGCGUACAGCUAAAAUCACUGUAUUCGCCGCCGUUCCGGAUGCGAGCCGUUCCGGAUGCAGUGGAAAUCCUGGGUUAUGGUCAGAAGAUAUUCAAGCAUGCAAAAGACAUGAUAAGAAAAAACUGCUUUAUCCACAGGGGGCACCAAAACUGUCAAAGUGCCCCAUAGUAGCUUUGAGAACCAUGGCCUCUGUUUAUGGGGCACACAACUUAACCGCUGGACCAAACUGGUGUCCAAGGGUGAGAUUUUUAAUGAGAAAAUACUACAAACACAACAAGAUUAGUCUUGAUCCACGGCUUUGUCUGCAUUGGCUCCUAAAUUUGGGGCUUUUAAAGAGAAUGAAAUCGUGAAUGUGCAGAGGUUUCCUGCACAAUCUUGAGCUAUUUUGUCCAUUAUAAAUAUUAGUGAGAGGGAUCCCUGAUGGAGACGUACAGUGUUAGAGAUAUGAACAAAUAUCUGCAGCUCAUGAUAGUAUUAAGAUAUUUUAAAGCUCCUCUGAGGGAUUUUUGGUUUCUGUUGAUCUUGGCACUCCCAAAGCUGUACAUCUUAUCUAUUUGGUGAUAUUGCUCCGUGCAUGCAAAAGUAGAGUUUUCAGCUGUCUUUAAAUAAUCAAAAAUAAAACUUCCCUUGAAUCUUUGCUGCUAAAAAUGUAAACAUACUGUUCUGAACUGCCUUGUCUGACAUCUACCCUGUGGUUUUGGUUUGAGGCGUUGAAAAUGGUGCUAUAGAAAUACACAUCCUUCUUCCUGAUGGCUUUGUUUGCUGUUUUGGGUCAUUAAAAAGCAUCAAUGUUAAUUUUAUUCUGUUUCGUGCUAACCUAAAAUCUCCUCACAGGAGCUUUAAAUAUGCUGUAAGAGAGUAGAUGUGGAGCUGGGAAGCAUUUGAAACAUAGAUCUCCAAUGAAUGUCUAUAUUUCUCCACAGCAGCUCAUGUCAUAAUGUCCGAAGUGCAUGUAGCAGGUUAAAGCCAUCGCUACAAAACCCUGAGGUUCUUUGUGGUUUGUGUUUACAAGCAACAUUUAGUUUGCUCAAGUUUGAGGUUCAGUGCUUAAAAGCUUCAAGAACCACAUUUCUGAGGCUCCAGCUGUACUGAAAGAGACCCGACCACAUGAUUAAUAGAUAUACAGUUACUGAAACACUAUUAUGAAAAGUUCAGGAAAUAUUUUCUUGUCAUGUCUGAGAAAAGGAUAAGGCAAGAUUGACGCUUUGAUCUUUUUUGAUGUUUCACAGAGUAGAACCAGUUCUCAGGUUGAAACCACAUCCAGGUUCCUGCCUCCCUCUCCCCUCCUUGGCGCAGCCGAGGCUAGCACGCUAACUGAAACCACAUUAAAGUAAUUAGGAGCCUUAUCAGAAAUGCUACGGUUAAUGAGCAAACCAAACAAAAACUCCAAAAAGACUUAAAGCUAACAUGGUGGACUGAACCCUAUCCGCUCUAUCUGUAAAUCCAUCUCUUUCUGAACUGCGGCCAAACCAAACACAGAUCCUAAGAUGAGGACAACACAAGUGCAGACAAAGAUAUGCUGCACUGACACACUCGUGCACGCUCACACGCAACACACACAGGUUUUUCCGGGGCCUGGUUUGGUGUUCUUGUGUUGCUCUCUCUGACUGAUGUCCUAGGGGAUGCAGGGAGGCGGAGCGGGGCCUGAGCUCCUCCGCUGCUCCUUUUGUUUACACUGAUGGUUUCCAGAUGCUAGCUAGUGAUCGGAGCGCUUCGGAACGCUGGGGAGCAGCCCAGCAGUUUGGGGCUUGAGCCAGCUCGCCAGGAUUAAGGCAGCUUCAUCUGGGAUACUUAAGAAAAAAAAAUAUGACUUUGUAAUAACUCUGCAGCUAUUUCCAACCACUUUACAAGAGCUGAUCGUAGAUAUUUGAGUGUCACAAGAAUUUUUCCCAUUAAUUUGGGUGACACGUGCAAUGCUCAAUAACAUCUAGGUCACUCAGUUUGAGUAUUCGUCACAGAGUUUAGGCUGUGAUUGAAUGCAUCUGACUAUAAUCAGCAUAUUUGUUUAACUCAGUGAUUUGAUUGUAUGUUUCUUGAAACAGGCUCCAUACUUUGGCAGCUUGUCCAUGAUUUUCUGCACAGCCCCGACGUCGGAGGGAUAUUGUUUUUUUGUAAACAGAGGCGCAUUGUGCUCGAUUGGGGGCAAAUUUAUCACUUAAACAGCCCACCUGUUCCCCUCGUCACUUUCAGCCUCAGCCACUUUUCUUUACAAGCAUUAGAAGGAGACAGCUGCACCCGCAAAGGAGCCGUCCAGAGAGAGGGAGGGGAGAGGAGAGGUGAGAAAGAUGGCAGCGGGAAAAAAAGGGAGACACAGCAAACAGUGGCUGUAUUUAGAGCUUGUAGAGCAUGGUGGGAUUGAUAAAUAGUUUCCCCCAUAAUGCACCUGGCUGAGGUUCUGGCACGGGGUUGGAGCUGUUUAGUCCAGCAGCGGAAACAGCCAAUAAAAAAAUGCUUGUUCUGUGUGCUGUGACACACAGCUGAGGUGGUGACAGUGUCAUUCUUGUGAGAGACUUGAAGCAGUGGCCAUCUGCACGGCCUCACUUGGCCCUCAGUUCUGACUCACAGGCUGAUUUAAAUCUUUAUUCUUUAGCUGCUGUGAUGUCAGAAAACAAAAGUGUUGAGAGUUAGGGGCUAAUGAUUUGACAAAGAUGCACAACCUCUCCUGAAUGAGCCGAUUUGUUCCCCUCAUUUUUUUUUCUAGAUUGUAACAUAAUGGGACGUGUGAAAGCCAGUUUUUUUCUCUGCAUAUUUCUCAUCUCCUCAAAACUGUUUGCCUUGAUGUGGUCUAUCCAAACCAAACUGCGCACCAAGAAUAAUUGUGCAAGAAUUAUUUGCCCCAUAUGACCAGGAACGUUCCUUCUGGUGUGGUCUGCAAAACAUCCUUAGGCUAUUUCUUUGACAGUGAGUUUCUCAGAGCUGAAUGGGAGUCUUGUGCUUUGACUCACUGACCUGUCUGGGUCUCAUGUAGGUCUGUGGUGAGGUGAUGGGAAAAUCAAAUUGUGUGGAAGAUUCUCAGGUUAUCAGAAAAUACAUCAACAUUGUAGUUUUAUCUGUGAAUCACAUUUACGCUGUCAGGAACCUUGACUCAGACUUUGCUGUUUCUUUAAGGUAAUAACAGGCUGUUCAGGAGCUGACGUGUAUCUGAUGUGUUGCAUAAAUUUAAUGCUUGCAAGCUACUGCUGUAUAUGGAAGUGCAAAUUCAGGGCAAAAGGGUUUUUUUGGGGCCAAAUAUGAAAAUAAUUCUUCAAUAUGGGAGCAUUACCAUGUCCUUAAGACAGAUCAGCAAUAUUUAUCAAGUGUUAUAGGCAGUGAGCAUAAUUCCUUUUACAGCUAUGAUUUAUAAUGCUCUAUAUCUUAAUACAAAGGAGAAAAAACAGCUUUUAAAUGGGUUUAAAUGACAGAUUAUAACUCUCAAAACUUCACCUGGUUAUAAUGGAUCAUAUAUAAUUAUUUCUAUGUGUCAUUAAAAAAUGUUAUAAUUUCUUUAACUUUUUAAUAAAAAAAUGCCAUGUAAAUACUUACAACCUGCUAAAGCGUAUUAGAUUAAUUUCCACUUAAAAUUACAAUUUUUACAACUGGUGCGUUCUAUUUUUUUAAAGGUAGUGUAGGGAGUUUUUAAGGGGUUGGUGAACAGACUGAAUCUGAAGCUGAGGGCUGAAAAUUUCACGUGUUUCAACUGUUUUAUACUUUUAAUGUCAUAUAAUCACGGUGUGUGAUACGUAUCACUGUCAGGAGACUAAAGGAUGAGGUUUUUGUCUGGAAACUAGACUGUGUAUUCUAUGGACAACUUGGUUCCGCCUUCCGUCAGUAUAAGGAUUUGAAGCCAAAAAGCUCUCGGUAAUUCCACGUUUUCUCUCCAUUUCCUGAAACCAACAUUGCGCAGUAGCGUUGUAUGCAUUCGGCGGGAGAGUCGCCGUGAGUCGCUGUGAUGACGCUCAGCUCAGACAGAGUAUCCCCCGGAUGAGCUACACAGUCUUCAUACACCCACAGGCUGUAUCAGGUGUCAAUCAUAGAAAACAUGAACCCCCUCAUAACUUUUAAAAAUUGAGCUGCACAGAAAAAAGAGAACUUGAGCACAAACCAUUUAUGUUCUGUGUGAUAAAUUUCUAAAGUUUGUCCACAGCCCCAUAAGCUUUGCUGGCAGAGGCGGGAUUUAUGACCUAUACUGUAGCCCGUCACCAGAGGGUGCUGUUCUUGGAGUGGCUUCACCCAGCGAGGAGGCAGACAGCGUCCAUUCUAUAGACAAUCUAUGGUCUGUAAACAUUACUGUCGCAUGUACAGGACAUGAAAUAAGAGGCAUCACUAUGUCCACAGGGGGCGCCAAAACCAACACAAACCAAAAGGACCUAACAGCAGCUCUAAAAUCUGUAUUUCUUCAUAUAUUACAAAGGGAAAUUUUGAGGCUGUAAGGUCUGAUUGGCCCACUGGAUGUGAGUGGAAAAACCUCCACUGUUAACAAUACUGUAUUCAAGCAAAUAAACGAACAAAGUAAUAGAUUUAUUUCACUUGGCUUUGUACAGAACCCUUUGUUUUUCUUCUUUCUUUCUCUCCCAUAAGUCACACAAACCAUCACUUCUCAUUUUAAAUGUUUGGUUUCAUUUGAAGAAAUUUCAAACAUUUAAAGAUUCGGCAUUAUUCACAUGUAGCUGAGCUGAAUCCGCCAACAAAGAGCCUGCUCCUCAAAUCCAGCCCUGUAAAGUGUUUGCGUACAAUUACUACUGACCAUUUUCCGAAACCUCAGUGUUGUUAUACCCACUUAAUCCUUCGCUUUUCCCAGUAGAACCGGACAAACCGCUGAAUGGCAUGUUGAAUUUGCAUAAAAACCUAAGCUUUACAGCGCUGUCUCCUCUUGUUUGCUGUAUACUGUGUGAAUAUGCGGAUUCCUCAUCGAGUGUAAGUUCAUGUCUCCUCUGAUCUGUCAGAAAGUAUCAAAUCAGGAUCCUCAACCUUGAGAGUAUAGAGUGGCUCCUCUUUGGUUUGGCUAGGAGUGGGCGUCUAAUAUUAAACCAAGGCUAACCUCUGCUGUAGCUGGAGACAGAGGAUUAAGGGUUCAGGGUUUUGGGCGAGUGUAUUCAGUCUGGUGUCUGUCCACUGCUCAUUACUCUUUGCCUGGAAUGUGAGAUCAACACAAACACAAGAUCACCUUUAGGCCUCAGACAGUCUGUGGUCUGGGCUGCGUCUUUCUUCCUAGUGGUCAGUAAUAGACAACUUUGUGUGAUAUAAACCGAGGCUGAAUUAUGAGCAGGUUUUGUGGCAGAAUCAAAAACCCAAACUGCACUUUUAGAGUCAGAUGUCUGGCCUGCAUUCCUUACAGUCAAUUUCACGGUAUUAACUCAAUUACCCUGACAUUUAAAGGCAUCACAGUGGGUGUCGUCUAGACUGGAAUCCCUUAAACAACUCUUCAUCUACCUGUAACGGUGUGCAUGCUUCAAAUUCCUAAUAUCAGUCUGUUUGUUCAACAUAUGUGUCUUUAAAUUCAACCCCCCAGAGAAUCACAUUCCUGCACAUGAUAAUAAGUCCAGUCCACUGUAGUGAAGGCGGGAGCUGCAGCGGUUAGUUAACGCUUUUUUACCCACCCACCCCCCACUCCACCUUUCUCUCUCUCUUUCUGUUUCUGAAAUGUAUGGCCCUAAUUGAAAGCAGAGCAGUGAUUUUACGACGGCUCUCAGUGUUUCUGGUGUUCUGCCCCUAUGGAGGCCAUCUGCUUUGGAUUUAGAUUUCCUCCUCCUCUCUCUCUCUUUCUCGUUUUCUGUCUUUUUCUCCCUCCACCUUCCUGAGAGGGGGCUGAUUGGAGGGUCUCUCAGCAGUUAGGUCAGGCGACUGUAGGGCUUGCGGUAUUUGUUCACUUUUCUUUUUCUACUCAUGUGUGGAUGUUGGAGUCUGACUCUUGAGCAGCAGGUUUUUUAGACCCCCUUUGUUGAAUAAAUUCCUUGAAGAUCAGGAGGCUGUUUCUUAUUACUCUUUCUCCCUCUCUCUCCUAAUGAGCUCUCUCCUCUUCCUGCUCAUCUUGUCCUCUUGUAAUGUUUUCAGGACCUUAUUUCAUCUCACUGCCUCCAGCUCAGCACUGUUUGUUCUUUCUAAUGCGUCUUACGAGUUCAUCAAUCCUGUGCUGAAAUUUUGAGUGGGAGCAGUGCAGGAAACCGUGCACCGAGAAUUUCCAGUUGUGUCUCAGGAGUGUAUGAAAACCUCUGGAUGUGGAAUUUGUUGAGAGUGUGCGCCUGUGUCCACACGUGUGUGCGUUUGUAUCUGGGUGUUAAAGGGGACCUGAGGGACGGGAGAGCGAGGCAUUGUGUGUGGCCGUACCCUAUGUCGAGAUUGCAUCAAUGAGUAUGUGUGUGUGUCACGUGCGUGUGUGUGUAUACACGCUUCAUUUAGCAGUUCACUGACCUGCAGUGUGUGUGAUAUGAUGUGUCCCUGCUGUGAUCUGGACCAAACAAGGAUGUGGUCAACUAGAUGCGGUUGUAAAGCUACACUAUGUCCUGUAUGGUCUCCCGCACUGACCCUUAUUCUAACAACACACAAGGCUCUAGCCUCGGAAACGUAAACAAACAAAGAUUUAGCACAGUCCGCUAACAUCAAAGUGAUACGACAAACACGGUUUGCCUUCUGCAGGCAUGAACUCCAUCAACCGAUUCUGCGUUUUAAAUCUUUCUUUCCACUUGACGCACAUCCAGAAUGCUCUAAAUGGCUCAGAUAUGGCAAUUAAGCCUGGUCUUGGAUGAUUUUAUUUGUAGAGAGCGAAGGAAAACAAAACACAUCCUCCCAUGCAGCUUCAUCUCCAGGGUGUUAUGUGCCGGGAUGACGCAGUUCCAUUAAAUUAGUCAUUCUACCAUGUGUAUUGUGAACGGUUUGUGCAUGUCGCUUCAGAGGCAGCAAAGCGUGGUUAUUUUCCUGGAAAUCAGGCCUAACUAAAACAUUUACUCAGUGUUUCUAGUGUUUACAGCUGAGCGUUUUGAUUCCUAAUCCACAGCAGCAGUGUCAAUGAAAAAGACAAGCCCGGUCUGUAUGUUUGUGCGUAGGUGCAGAAACCCAAAGCUUCCUGCAUUAGCCGGAGUCGUCUUUCCCAGCGUCCCGCCUCCGCUGGCAGCAGUGGCACAACAGUCCAGAUGUUAUUGUGACAUUGGUUCCCACGUGUUUGGGGGUCCAGCGGAAUGCGCAAUACCAACUGUGGUACUAAAGUUUAUGACUACAGAAACAAAAAAUUUACUUUUUAUCCGAGACCUCCAUGAGAGGCAGAGUGUUGCAACGGCGUGACCACAAUGUGAGCACAGAAAUCACAUUUAUCACCAGAAAUGUCCAAAUAAGUUUUGGAUUACUCUGCAGUUGAGCAACUUAAAGUGGGGGGCAUUUUGUGGAAAGGUGAGCUGAUGAUAAACAUGUUAAAUUGUGUAAUUCAGUACAAAUUCACUCCUGCUGAUUUAACUCAAUUCAUAUAUCAACUGCAACCAGAGCUACAAGUUGUUUAAUGCUAAAUUUUUUAUUUAUAUCAGUCAAAACUUUUUAUGACUCAAGGUGGCACAUUCCUUUUUUCUUUUUUAUCUGCUUUUUUAAUCAAUAUUUUAUCUAGACUAUAUUUGACACACACUUUUCAAGUCUUAUUGAAGAGCAAAUAAUGUAUAUUUUUAAGAAACAGACGUGGUAGGUUCUUGUUUUUACACCUUUCAGAUAAAAUAAUGAUUUUAAUGACUGAAAAUUAAUUUGUGCCAUUUAAUUAAAAUAAAAACGUACUACGUGUGUGUAUCAAACACUUAUGGCAUCAACUGAUCCCCAUAAAAAUGUUGCGUAUUGGAUAGAUGACAGAACAGGGCAUACCUUCAGCUAUAUUUUAGUAGCACACUCAACAACAACCUAAAGCUCUUGUGAGGAGUUUAUGGUUAUGAAACAGACUAAGUACAUCUAUAAUGUAAUUUUUAUUACCUGUAACUGCUGUGAGGGUGGUAGGUACACUGAAGAAACAGCCUUCAUUAUUUUCCUCUGCAAAUAUCAUGUAGAGUGAUGAAUUAGUCUGCAAAGACAACGGAGACAGUUUUUUUGUCAACUAAUAACACUUUAACAAGGAAACGACAAAACCAGCAACGAUAAAAGGGUUUCCACUUUGCCCACAGGGGGUGCUAAAGUCGACACAGACAGAAAAGCUUCAUGUGCUCAGUCAUCAGUCAUCAUGUUCUCGCUGUCUUUAGAAAUUACACGCCGUAUUCCACGGCUGCGUAACAGUUAUUGAAUGACCUGACUUCUUUGGUAACUGUUACGUUAAAACUAAAGUCAUAACUCUGCCUCAGUGGUUGAAUAACUUUGGCUAUUUUUGAGUCACUUAGUUCCAGAUAAUCAUUGAGUUGCUGCAACUUUUUUUUUUACUGGCGCUGUAGAUGUGACUCUGUUGUGAAAGAAUAUAACUCUAAUUUUCAGACUAAAAUGGACUAACUUUUUUACCUUUAGGUCUACAUUUAGUCCCUUAAAAACAACUAACUUACUGUUAGGUUAACACGGCAGUUACUUCUUACACUAAAGUCAAUAGACAAUCUAUUCAGUAUGUGUGUUAGGAGCAUCUUCAAAAUGAUUGAAACCAGGCUUGUAUCGACUCUGAGAGCACUCAGCUGCAGACAGAGCAUAAAGCACAGCCAAAGGCCAAGGCCAGAGCCUGGAAACAGCAUGGAGCAGAAGAGGAAUGGUCAUGAGGAGGAUGAGUGCUGUUUCUAUCCUGCUGAGUUCUGGCUGCACUGAGAGAGAGAGAUUUUUUCGCAUUUAAAGAAACAACUUUAGCAGGAAAUUUGAUGUUAAUAUUUCCAUAUGAAGAAUGAGGGUUAGGGUGAGACCUCCUGUGUAGCUCAUCUGGCACUCUCAUUGUGGGUUAUAUUUAGAUUUCAAAAUAGUUAGAUUUAUCAUAUUGGGAAAAGUAAUGGUAGGUGUUACAGCAGGAGAAAGCUUUAAAUGCUGUAUAUCAAAUUCUGAAGCGUGAAAGAGGCAGGCGGAUCAGAGUAAAUCCAUUUUCCGGAGAGCAUCCAAACGAAAUAUUGCCAUGGUAUUGUCUUUGAGAUUAUGCACUGAUUGCAGAAGAUCAAUCCUGUCACUGUGUAUAAACCGGUGUGCUGCAGGCCAGCAGAAGUCAGAUUUUCCAGCCUUCUUGCUGUCACAGUGGGAGAUGGGAAGCUGACAGUGAGGUUGAGGUCAUGCUGUUGAGGGGCCAGAUUGAAGCACAGCCGCUCAUACUUAGCGUCGGUUUGCUGCUGCUGAUGCAAAGUGCUGACGUCUAUCAGGGCAGCUCCAGAUGCUGCUGAUUAAAGUUUCUAUUACUCACACACAGGCUGGGACAAAAUACCAGGGAUACAGAUCGUACCCCUCCUCUCAAUCUCAACGCCUUGCACCCCUCACAUUCACCUCGAAACCUGCAGCUAAUGUUAAAGUGAUUAUGAAAACAAUCUCAAGUCCAGCAGGAGAAGACUGGACCGGUCUGAUUUCACUUUGCAAACCUUUCCUAACCUUCUGGAGAGCUGCCAUCUGUUGCAUGCUGUGCAUUAAGAUCACUUCUUUCUGGUGUAUCAGAUUUCUAUCUUUGCAUGAAAGCAUUUUUAAAGUUUGACAAAAUAAAGCAGAUCCAAGCUACCCCUCUUUUUUUUUUAAAGCUUAUCCUUUAAAUGGAAACAUUUUUCUUGACUAGAUCAACCGCUCCCAGGCUUAGAGUGAUUGUUGCUUGGCAGAUACUAAAAAGAUGUGUUUUCUUUGAUUUUUGAUGACGGGGCUCUAAAUUGAUAAUGACAAGCUCAGACAAACUUACUAAUCACUCCACAUUUGGGUUUCUUUUGGCAGGAUGGAGGAUGUGUUGCGAUUAACCCUUGAGGUGACAUCAGAAGUAAACUUGUUUGUGUCAUGCUUUAAGGGGAAAAAUGAGUCUUUUCCCCCACAGCCGUUAUACUGGCCUGAAUAAAGUCGCCAACAUGAAGUCAUUCCCCAGCUCCUCCCAACAGUACUGCCCUCAGGCUAGCCCUUUUUUAUGGCUGACUGACUCUUCGUAAUCAUCUCCCUCAUGAGAAUCAAAGGAGUGAUUUAAAACAGCUGUAUUUGAUGUAAAUGUCAAUUACACAACGGCGUAUUGUGCCAAGACUGCGUGCAGGAGAAUGCUGUAUGAUAUUAGCACGACAAGCACGGACACACCCGGCUGUCAAAAAACUCACCAUCCAUUAUUGUCCGGCUGAACGCAAGAGAUACUCUUUAAACUGUCGUGUUGGGUUCUCUGCACUUCAUCGCGUUUGGAGAAAAGAAACUCCCUGCACUCCUCGAGUUUUAUUUAUCUGCUCAAGAAUUUAGAAGUAAUGAUCUUCCCAAAUGUGCAGACUUUCAUGAAAAUUGUUUUGCUCUUUACAGGCGAGGCCCAAAGGCGAAGGGUUGACACCCUAUCAGGGGAAGAAGAGAUGCUUCGGAGAGUACAAGUGCCCCAAGUGUAAGAGGAAGUGGAUGAGCGGCAACUCCUGGGCCAACAUGGGACAAGAAUGUAUCAAAUGUCACAUAAACGUCUAUCCACACAAACAGGUACAGGAGAAAGUUCACUCUCUGAAAAGUUUGUCUCAAAGUGAAAGAACAUCGAUCUCUACAGACGCCAACUGAGUGCAGACUCUGGUUUGCGUGGCUGCGAGGUUAUUCCAGAUGGCCUCAUUAAAAUAGAAUAAAAAUCACAACACUUGAAAUUGCUUCUGCCCCUUUGGUAAUAAUCCAAACGCUGGAUAAACUAAUAACAUCUCCUGACUGAUAAGAGUCGAGGAUCAUUUAGUGAACGUCAACAAAUCUGAAACAAAAACUUUGCAUUAAUGGCUAACAGACACAAACUAACUCUGGGGUGAUUGAGGCUCAUACAGCUGCAGGAAUUCCUCUCAUACUGAAUAAUAUGAACAAGUGAAGUCAUAUGAAGCAAAAUGCUGUGGAGUGUUUUUCCGAAAGCAGCGAACGCUCAGAGGGAAUUAACGUGCUGGUGAGCUGUCUAUUCAGUUUAACCUCGAGUAUGUUCCUCACAGCCUGUUAACUAAAGAGACGGAUCGCCUGUGAAAGAAUCUGCAGAGUUUUCUUCAACUAGAGAUAUAUUUAUCUGCUCUGCUUCAUCUUUUAAUAUUUAUACUUUUCCACAUUCUUCCAAUUCCACUUCCUGGAAUAAAAUUAAGACUACAGCUUGAGGCCCUGCUCUUUCUCCGAGUAGUGUGGCUGACCAUGUUUCACUCUGUUAACACUCGCAUAAAAUGAAACAGGAAAGGGACGCUGCACGGCAAAUUUACUUGAAAUUUCUGGCGAGAUGUCGUAACAUUCCCCGACAAUGAAAACUGAAUGCAUAAUUUACCUACGCCGGAUCUUUUCUUUAUUUAUUAGCAUCCUCUACGUGGUGAGAUAUUAACUGUAACCUUGAAAAAGCAUUGGCUAAAGACUGCAUUUACACUGCCACAGGCCUCCUUAAGUAACUUUCAAUCAAAACCGCUCGGCACUCAGGAGUUCACUGGUAAGAAAACCUCACCCCUUCUCUGCCUCUGUGUCCUGCGGCAAAGCAACACAUAGGCAAGCAAAUUCCCUGCAUUUGCAAUGUCACCCACUUAACAUAUUUCCCCCUGUCAGCGUUUGAAAUGGACCACUAACCUCUGUGUCCUCGAGUAUCAAAGAGCUCAGACGCUCAGCAUGGCUCCCUCCUUCCCUGCGGUUUCCCAUAAAUAACCUGAAUAUGUAUUUUCCAAUCCCAUCCACAUGCAUAAAAUAUUUGACCCUCUCAGACGGGAAAUAUAUUUCCUGAGCACCCAAAGUGUCGGUUUUAAGCCUAAGGCGUGACUUCUGAUCAGGGUGAUGGUGGACGCAAGCAUUUCGGCUGUUGCAAACCACCUUGAGUAUGCUGAUUUGAGGGUGGAUGGCAUUGAAAAGAGGAAAGCUAAUGCAGACCAAAAGCUGCAUCUUUAUUAACUAUAACCAGUACUUCAGUAAAUCACUCCACCUUCCUCCUCUGUCUCAUGUCAGUGUGGGGCUGAAAGGUGGGUUAGGUACACUUGGUUCCCCAAGAAGAGGGUGUCAAAAGUACAGUAUAGCACUCAUACUGUACUGGUAGAAGCUUUACAUUAAAGCUAGUCGAAUGAGAAUUGGUGGCAGGCUGACUAAGACAGCUUUUUUCUUUUUAAAUUAUGUGUGAUUGUCAAAAUCAAUGAAUCAGACAGGGCUGACUUGAUUGAUAGGCGGGGGUCACUGUAGCCAUUCAAGAGGAGGCUUAAGACCCUAUGGUAGGUUGACGGGAUAUUUGGUUUAGACAGCAUUACCAAUGUGGCAACCACGGCUGAUUAAUGCUGGAAAACUGCUAAGUCUAAUCUCUUUUAAAGGGAUAUUCUGGUGUAAAAUUAACUCAGGGUCAACACCAAGUUAGACACCCCGUCAAAGAUAAAUGUUGCCAAACACUUGCUUCUCUAGUUAUACCAAUUUUAGUAACGACCGCACGAUAACAAUGGACAGCGGUCUCAGGAGCCAUAAACAAACCUCAACCAAAACGCCACUCUAUAGUCACAAAUAAUGCUCAGAACAGCACCUAACUUCAUCAACAGUACAUAUAGGGUCCCAGCCAUGGCACUAGCCACCAAACAUCUUUUUAACUUUGCCCAAUUUCUUCAGCAAAGAGACUAAACAAAACUCACCCACUAUCUCUUGUAGCGAGACCUCAGGCCAGUCCAUUAUGGACUGCUGUGGGGUGACGCAGCUCAAGGAAGAACAUUUAUGAUAAUUUCUUUAUCACUUCCUUGAAGUAAUUAUCACCAUAUUUAUCAUUUUGCACUGCAGAUGCGGUAGUUCUUCUGCCUUAGUGUCUUGGUCUGAUUGCAUUUCCAUGAAGAAAUGAUCUUAAAUUUUGUGUUAUGUGUGAUUUACCAAUCUGGUUAAAAAAAAGGCACAGGGGAGUAAAUGUCAAUUCUCGCGACUUCUUUGGAGCGUUUUCUGAGCAUGUUAGCUUUGAGCAUAGUCUUAAUUAGAGGUUGACCAAUCACAGUUUUUCAGAUGCCAAUGCGGGAACUGUUUAUGAGGGAGCGGGUAAGCCAAUAGCCGAUAUAUGAUGUCGAUAUCACGCAAAUGAAUAACCACAUUUUUUAACUUGAGUGAAUGUUUUAUCAAAUGAAUGUAGAUGGAUCAUUUUGUGACUCAUUCAUUUCAGAGUUAUUUAGGAUACAAAAUCAAUGAUCAAUGAAUGAUCAAAAUCAAUGAAUCAGACAUUGGUGACAUGAUUGAUUCAAGAGUAGGCUAAAGACCUGCCUCUGGUUGGUUGAUGGGAUAUUUGGUUGAGACAGUGCUACCCAAUAUGGCGACCGCUGCAGAUUAAUGCUGGAAAACUGCUGAGUCAAAUCUCUUUUAAGGACACAAUUAGGACUUGUGUUCACAAGACUAGCCUGAAUUAAAUGGUGCUACUCUCUGAAGUGUCCUCAUUUAGCUGUGAAAGAGCAAUACUUGAGUCUCAGUUAUUUAUCAAUAGAACUAGAUAAAGCCAUACUUGUCAUAGUAAGAAAAAUAAUGGGAAAAUGUCUGUUGGCUUUUGUCCGACGGGCUGUCGUACAUUGUGAUCCUAGCACUUCUACAAGUAAAAGUAUGUACUUAAAUCACACAAACAUCACACAAAAUUCAUAUGAUCCUACUUCUGUGCCAAACACACAUACCAUAAUCUAAGUUAUUGAUCGCCUCAGAGGAAACACCCAGACAGCAGCUACAGAACAGACCAUCUUCAGUUUGAGUUUCUUGCUCAAGGAUACAUCAACAGGGAAAAUGCUUGUAACACAAAGACCUGAACCCAGAUCCUUCAAGAGGAGACCUCAUAAAAUACAAAUCAGAAUUUCCAGCUUGUUAACAGAACCUGAUGUUUUUGACGCACCAGUAAUGAACUCUCAAGACUUCCUGGCAGGCUCAUUAGUGACCGACUGAAAUAUCUCCUACAAGCGACCCAUGGUAACCUCUGUUACUCUAGUUAGACUACUUGGACUAAGUAAUGUUUUGAAAGCAGUUUUAACAAGAAGAAAAAAAACAAUAGAUGAGGAAUAUGAUUUUCCAGACAGGUUGUUAAAAUAACCUCCAAACAUGUUGUCUUAGACCGACUCUGUUUGUCCUUGAUAAUGAGUCCAGAAAAACCAUCACUGUAGCCGUUUGUUGAUAUUUCCAUCCAGGUCAUCGUGAUCAAACUCAAGCUGGAUCUUUCUUUUUAAGACCAGGUUUUAAAAGUGUUCUACAAGUUUCCAGAGCUGAUGGUGCGUUGCCAUAACUCUGCAACUAAAAGUUUGGUGCACAUUUGCUCUGGGUUGAAUGCGGCUGGAGCCAGUGUUGUAAUGCGUACAGCUAAAUUGAUUCUGGUGCCAAAUAAACUGCUUGCAGAACUGAAGAGGUUUAUACUGUGUGGGUGCUGCUUGAUUCGCCGGUUUAAGUGAGUAAUAUGACUCAUUUUUUGUCCUCUGUUUGUAUCCUCAGCGCCCGUUAGAGAAACCAGAUGGCUUGGAUGUUUCCGACCAGAGCAAGGAGCACCCGCAACACCUUUGUGAGAAGUGUAAAGUCCUGGGCUACUACUGCCGCCGUGUGCAAUGAUCGUUUACCCCGAGCUUGAGAGCAACUUUUGUGUCCCAAGUUCCAUCGCCCAUCCUCUACUUAGGCUGUUUACUUCCUCUGUGCUGGACUCAUAUCAAGGUUUCCAACAUCCCUGGUGUCCUUGACCCCCUCUGUCUCUCAGAAACCUCAAACAUAGACUGUAGCUCUAAUCCCCCUCCGAUCCCCACUUCUCUGCCUCUCGUCGUAUUGAGGAUUAAAACCAGGAAUGAGAGGGACACCUUACUUUAGGAUCAGUCCAAGUGCUCUUUAUCAGAAACAAAAAACUUGCCAAACUAGUGACUUUUACUGCCUUGUGCAUCCGAAAUCAUCUAACAUAACUGAUCCAAGUAGAUGCAUAACAUUGAAUUAGCACCAGACAUGCUUUUCACUGGUGUCGCUGAUAGUAUUGGUCUCAAAAAGAUUACCUCACCUUGGGGUUUGUUGACUUCGUGUUUACAGAGAUCUGCCUUCCAUUUCCCUGCCGAGUGAAGUGUGUAUGGUAAUGUGAUGAGCGUUUUAACUCCUGUCGGUAAAAUGUAUACGAGGCCUUUGACGUCUUGCCAUAUUAGGGUCAUCUUUAUAACUGUGAAUUAACUGAGGGACAAUGUGCCAUACAUCCCUAGCUUACAUUUGGCCUAUUUAUUUUCUUGUCGUCUAGUGUGCAAUUUGAAUUUUAACUGGGACAUAAGGAAAUGUUUUGUGUAUGUUUGUUGAUCACAUUGUUGUGUUUCUGCGUCCAUGUGUCUGUAGAUACUACUGUAGGUUUAGUUGCGUAGGUUCGCUCUUAGUCUAGAUUUAGCACAUUGUCAACGGAUAAGAUUUCAGGCACCCUUCCUCUAUAGUAUUUCUGUUCUCUUCUAUCUUUAGUGCCAGAGAGGAUAGAAAGAUGUAGAUGUUAUAUAGCUAAGUUGUGUUUAUGACAAAUCACAGGAAGUUUCAUCCGCGCGGUCGAAGCAUAAACCGAUUUGCUGACCAUAGAUUAGCGUUACAAAACAAAUCUAUCUGUUCGAAGCAGAUUGAGCAACAUUUAAGUUCACAUUUUAGUGUAAAAUGACGCCUUGCAGCCGCACCAGAAUCAGUUUAGAUCAUUAGUUGUUGUGUUAAAGGGCUUGCGUCCUUUAAAACUUCGAAUGUCCAACAGCUGACUGCAGUGCAAAGAGUGUCGGGAAGAGGUGAAAUGAUCGAGAACUGCAAUAAUUUUCAGUUUUGCUGAGAGAAAGAGGAGGAUUUUAUGUACAGAAGAAACAGAUUUAUGAAGGUAGGGCUGGAAAUUCAAGGAUAUAUUGAAAGUGACGGUGUUUAUACUCAUGUGUAUAUGCAUUUUUAUGAAUAUAAGUGCCUACAGUUGUAAGUCAACGUCAUUAAAGAGUAGCAGACGUCCUGUUUACGUAUAUCAUGUGCAUACCAAAAGCACUACAGAGGAAAUACAUUUAGUUUUUACAUAUAGAAACCUGUCUCCUUAGGAACAUUUUAACAGGAAUCAUGAACUAUUUUAUAUGUACUGUAUUUCUAGCCUUAUAAAAGAUGGUUGGCUAUAUUUUAAACUGUUACAUAAUGUAUGUGCCUUAAAAAGAUUUAAAUCAUUCAGGACUUGGAGAUCUUACGAAAUUGGAAAAAGAAACGUAGGGGCAGGCUCAGAGUUGGAGCAGUAUAUGUGCAUGUUGUAAAAGUAAUGCAUAGUAAGUUUGGAGCAGGUUCACGUUGCAACAAAAGGUCAAGAAAAUGAUGCAGUUUCUCUAGAGAGCAGAGUGAACUGUCACGGUGGGUGUUUGUUUCGACGCAGUUUGCUGAGUUGGAGGCUCGGGCUGAAUGAAACAGCAUUUCCAGCUGGCAAUAACAAUCCUACUGUGGUCUGUUGUCAUGGAAUAUCAACAAAAGAUGUUAUUUCUCAGAUGGUCCUUAAAACAGAAAGGAGUCGCACACAAAUCUGUGGGUCUCACUUUUUGUCUUUUCUUUAUAAAUCUAUUGUAGCAAGGUUUAUCUGUGGGUGUGUAAGAAGAUAUACAUGGUCACCCUCCUCAGUGGGAGACUUUUCAGUAGGUGAUAAUGGUACAUUAAGGUUUGGGGAAAUUUGGCCUUAUUCUUUCUGGAGGGGCUCUCUUGAUUGAAUACUUUGGUUUAUGUGGUAAGCAUACAGGGGUAGAAAAAAAGAGAAUCAUUAGAAAAAAGUCUCAGUGCAAGAGAGGCUAAUUAAUUCAAACAGAUGGAAAUUUCAUAUUGACAAACAAAAGCAAACAAGAACAUUGGCGACAGGACUGAUGACUUUCCUGCAUAAUUUUAAUGCCUGAAUCUGGUGCAAAGGGGAAGGUGUCAGUGAAGCAGCUGUAAAAACAGCUCUGUUGUUAUAUUUUCACAUUUGACAUAUACAACAACAGACAGAUGCGACUAUCAAGAGUCAGCAGGGUGAGAUUUGUUGUCACAUGACACUACUAAGGCAAGUAUAAGUCAUAGUUCAAAAAAGGCUACUUUGUCCUGAGGGGCGCCAAAACUGACACGAAUUAGAAGUUCAUCAAAGGAGCUUUAAGCCCCCCGGACACACUUGGUCCUACAUUUCCCAUAAUGCAACUCUUGAGCAUUUUUUCAGCAUGUCUCAUCUCUUUGUGGUUGAUGCCAAGAUCUUUGAAGCUCCAACUUCCAAGAUCUGAAAUUAAACAGCCAUUUUUACGGCUCUAACAUUGAGUGAAGCUGGCGAGGUGCUCUUUAAAAAAUAUAUCCUAUUUCUAAAAAAAACAUAGGAGUAGGAAGUUGCGCAUUUCUAUUACAAGUGUAGAAACUCUCCUGAAUGAAAGUUUACCCUAACAGCCACCAUUAGGAACAAAAAAAAAAUCUUGCUAUUAACAAUGUCUUUUUUGUGUAAUGCCACUAAUCUAACAUGCCUUUACAUUUAAACAUGAUUGUCCACAGCAUACUAUGUGGCAGUAGUGAGAGGAAUAGAUACCAAUGAUGCCUUACAGACUAACCUCAUAAACCAGUGAUGAUAUUUUGACUCAGAGUUCUCACGGAUUAGAAAUGAGAAACCCAGAUAGAGAGUCUGAUUCCUCUGAGGAGGCCAUUUUAAAUGGAAGAGCCAAUGGAAGCAGUUGAUAUACAACGGCAAAAAAAAAAAGAAAUCUCUGCUUUCAGAUAUAAUGUCUUGAAUUACAUACUUGACUUUUCUAGUACCUUUUCAGCUCAAAUUUGUGAUUUUCUAUGAAUGAGAUGUGUAUUUUGGAACACUUAAUAGAUGUUGAAAGUUUUAAAGCAAUCUGCAAAACUCAAGAGUUAUUUCCCUGACAAAGAAAGACUGUUUUAUGUAUAUAUUUGAUGGCCAUCAUUUUACAGGAUAGUAGCUCUUUUUAAGUGUUAUGCAAUAUUGAAGCUUUUUGUGUGAAGAAGGGCCUGUUGCUGAGAAUUAAACAAAGCUGGGAGUUUUUUUUUUUCUUUAUGUUUUACAAGAAUCUGAGGGGAUAUCCUGCAGAAAUAUUUAUGGAAGAUUUUUUACAACACUUUUUUUGUAUAGAAUAUGCAACAAAGUUACACUAAGAAGGAAAUAUUGAUGUCUACAUAGAAUAUUAUAAAAAAGCUGGUACAUAAUUAAUACCCUUUCUCAAUUAUAAGCCAUUGUAUUUUUGUUUUUUGUUUUAUGAUGUUAUCAGUGUUGAAUAAACUGCAAUGUUAUUCAGUUGCUCUAUGUAACUAAUUGUGAGCUGCCAUUUACAUCCAUACAGUCCUAUGUAUUCAUUUUGUAAACAGUAGUAUGAAAGUAUAUUGUGUUAACAUGCAGAAAUCUUUUCUUCUUAAUAAGUGAUGGAUACUCACCACUGUAUGAGCACGUUAAACUGUGAGAUGUAGUUUGCUUAAAGCAGCAAUGACAAGAAACUAUUAUAAAAUGUUUUAGUGUUAUUAGAAAUUUAGGGAGUGUAUACUUUUAAGAAAGCGUGUGUGACAAAGAACUGUUUUAGAGUUUGCAUGUGCAUGGGUUUGAUUUUGAAUGAAGUAUUACUUUGUGCAAUGUAUACUUAUUUAAAAUACUUUACAGUAGUUUGCUACAGUACAUAUUGUUUUUAACAUGAUCAGCAACUUCUGAUUGUUAUUAGUCCUGAAGUAUCUCAUUUACCGCUAGUGUAGCCUUGAUAAAUAAUACAUAUUUACUGAAUGUAAUGUGUUAACACUUAUGUGGUCAAUUUGGAAAGUUCUGUUUGUAUUCUUUACUGUCUGUAUCACUUGAGAUGUUUGUUAUGCAAUAUUGCAAUAAUGUAAUAUUUGAAUUGGACAGAACACAGACGUGAGGUAGGGAAGAGGAUGAUUUUGGGAAACAAGGACAGUCGUGGUUUGGAGGCUAGACCACAGGUCUGUUUUUCAUGUCCAUAAAAUGGCAUUCCAAAAUGUGCCUUAUUUGUUAGUUGGGAAAACAUUUUAGUGCUGUCAAGUUUGAUGAAUAAAAGUCAUAUUGAAUUAGGA